AGCGAGCGAUCGAUCGAUCAACCCAAUCGUGAGCUAGCUUCGCUAGAAGUAGUAAGAAGGAGAUCUCGAGAGCAGAUCGAGUAGCGGCAGCAAUGGCGCAGCUGGUGGACAAGGCGAAGGGGUUCGUGGCGGAGAAGGUGGCGCGGGUGCAGAAGCCGGAGGCGGAGCUGGCGGACGUGUCGCUGCGGAACGUCGGCCGCGGCGGCGCCACCCUGGCCGGGCGCGUCGACGUGAGCAACCCCUACUCCCACUCCAUCCCGAUCUGCGAGGUGAGCUACUCGCUGAAGAGCGCCGGGAGGGAGGUGGCGUCGGGGACGAUGCCCGACCCGGGGUCGCUGAGGGCCGGCGACACCACGCGGCUGGACAUCCCGGUGAAGGUGCCGUACGACUUCCUGGUGAGCCUUGCCAAGGACGCCGGCAGGGACUGGGACAUCGACUACGAGAUGCGGGUCGGCCUCACCGUCGACCUCCCCAUCCUCGGCAACUUCACCCUGCCGCUCACCAAGUCCGGCGAACUCAAGCUCCCCACCCUCUCCGACAUCUUCUAAGCUGAAUCGUCUACGGUCUACGUAGUACUUGUUGUGUAUUUCCGGACGGACUGUUGAAGCAAUAAAUAGACUGAUAAAACGUGGAAUAUAACUAGUGCAAAAUCAUCCUUAUCUGCGACGAAUUGAGUAUAAUAGUAGUAGCACUAGCACGCCGCGCCCCUGCUAUCCUGCCUCAAGCAUGCAUGGGUGC